UUGGUGUUGUUGUUGUUUUGAGUUUGAAAAAAAAUUGAUAAGAUGCGAAAAAAUUUUGGAAAAAGGAAAUCGAAGGGUGGUUUUGAAUUCUUUAGCGAUUUAUAUAAAAAAGUGUGGUUUUGAAUUGUUUUUAUAAUUGUUGAAGACGCAUUCUCUAUUUUUUCAUGAACUCCGGUCUGAAUAAACUGCAGCAAAAUGAUGCAACAGUACAUGAAAGAAUUAGAACAGAAACCAUUUGAUCCCGAAACAUUUGUCGAAAGAUUGGCUUGGAAAAUUUUAGAAAACACCAAAGAAAAAGGAAACUAUAAUUUCAACGCCGAUGUAAUGAAAGAUGCCUUUACCCAAUGCAUUAAAGACCUGGAGUUUUUGCAACAAAAGCAGAAGAAGAAGUGCGAUGAAAUCAAGAAUUCCUGCAAAUCUGAAGAAAAGUUGCUAUGGCAAGAUCUAUCUAAACAGCUGCAAUGUAAUAAAGAAUGUAUGAAUUCAUUCUAUCAAUUGGAUGAAAAAAUAAACUCUGUAGCUGUCAAAGUGAUGCACCUUGGAGGCCAACUAGAAGCUGUGAAUAUUCCACGUUCUCGUGCCGUUGAAGCGCAGAAAUUGAUGAAUUACUUCUCGGAAUUUUUAACUCACGGACCUGCUAAUAUUGAAUUAUUUUCCGAUACUAACAAGCUGUUUGAAGCAGCUGAUGUGAUUAGGAAAUUGUAUUUCAUCGCUCAAGAACUUCCGGGUAGCAGAUUUGAAGAAGCUAAGAAGAAAAUCGAACAAAAAUACGAUGAAAUUGAGCGUGCGCUGAUAGAGCAAUUCGUGCAAGCUCAUAAUACUAAUUCUUUUCAAAAAAUGAAAGAAAUAGCGUCAAUUCUGUCUUUCUUCAAAGGGUAUUCUCAGUGUGUUGAUGCUUUUAUUGAACAAAGCCAAAAAGGUGUUUUAUCAGGUCGAGAUGUAUUUAAUGAGGUGAUUCCUGCGUGCGAAAAAAAUUUCCAAACAAUCGCCUGCGUAUUUAAUAAUCCUGAGCAAAUCAAUGCGAAGUUUGUUUUGAAUAUUUAUCAUUUGAAACUACAGCAACAUAUAAAAACGAUUUUAUCGGAUUCUUUGAAAGACAAUGAUAAAUAUUUGAAGAAUUUGAUGGAUCUCUACAGCAAAUUACAACAACUGUCAGUAAAUUUAUCGAAGUACAAUCUAGGAAACGAUCCCACUUACUUGCAGAAGUUAACGAAAAAUAUUUUCCAAAAAAAUCUUGACACGUAUAUUGCGAUCGAAUUGAAAAAUCUGAAGGAAAAAUGUCAUCGAGUACUGCAGAAAUAUUACGAAUCCAAAGGUCACCAAAAGAAACAAAUCACUGCUAGCAGUUUUCAAGAAUUAAGACGAGAUAUUCAAGCGGUAAUUGGAACUCGAGCAAACAUAAAUAUUGCUCAGAUCGAAGAUUACGGAGGAGAAAUAUUUUUAUCAGAAGAGAUCACUGUUUAUGUCCUGCAAGAGUCCAAAGAAGCGUUCAAAAGAUGCCAAUUGCUGUCAGAUCCCAAAGAUUUGCAAUCAAAUGCGAUGCAAAUAUUCGAAAUACUUCUUCAAUACUUGAUCAUCGAAUACGUAGACUACGCCAUAGACUUGGGAAUUCAGUCCGUGCCUAUUGCAGAGAGUAAUACCCAACAACCGGAAAUUUAUUUCUUCGAAACAGUGCAACAAACCAAUAUUAUUAUACAUUUAUUGGAUAAACUGGUCGCGGAUUGCUUGUUUCCUCUAAUCGGAUCAACAGUCAAGCUGGGAGAUUGUUUAUCAAGGAAAAAAAUGAUUUUAGAACAGACUGAAAUGAAACUUGACACCGGUCUUGAUAGGUCUAUUACUGCUGUGGUCGGAUGGGUAAAAGUUUUUCUCCAGGCUGAACAGAAAAGGACUGAUUUCAAACCAGAAACUGAAGGGGAUACCGUUGGUUCAUUGGCUUGUAAAUCGGUGGUACAAUUUAUGAGAAAAUCAAUUAAACUGAUUCAGGAAUGUUUACACGGCAAAAAUGCAGAAAAUGUUCUAAUAGAGUUGGGUGUGCGGUUUCAUCGCGUGAUUUAUGACCAUUUGUUACAAUACUCGUAUAAUUCAGCCGGGGCAUUAUGCGUUAUAUGCGAUGUCAACGAAUAUAGAAAAUGCAUCAAAGAAAUCAACUCCAAUUUAUUGACGACAUUAUUUGAUACGUUGCAUGCGCUCUGUAAUUUACUACUAGUAAAGCCUGAGAAUCUGGAGCAAGUUUGUUGCGGAGAAACAUUAGCUGUAUUGGAACAUUCGGUUUUGAAUAAUUUCAUUCAAUUAAGGAGUGAUUAUAAAUCUCAGAAGUUGGCAUCAUCAUUGAAAGGAUUGAUUUCUUGAUAAGUUAUUGUUGUAAUUUUUACGGUCCGGCGAUAAAUUGAUUCAUUAGCUUUUGUCGUAUGACUGAUGAUUAUCCCAAGGAUUUAUUUAUUUAUCUAUCUAUGUAUUUAUUCAUUUAUAUUGUGAUAUUUAUAAACGUUGAUUUUUAAAUGGUUCAUAUUGAAUGUGUUAUUCGCGUUUACUGCUGUUUUGUUGUAAUGAGAAUCGUAGAAAUUUUAUUACUACAGAAAAAGUUCAUUAGGUUUUAUACAUAAUUUGUAUUGUAAAUAAUUCAUUGAAGUUAAUAAAAAUUUAUAAUUGUUUGAUAAUGUUUAAUUACCUACCUAUGUUAAUCAUUCAUGAAAUGUUAUUUACGAUUAUUGAAUUCUUUUUAAUUUACCAAAAUUAAAAACACGAUUUUUUUUCUACUAUGGUUUUAAAAUGAUAUUUUUUAUUAAAAAAUUCGAAUUAUUA